AUGGUAUGCGUUGUCGGUGCAAAUGAGGUCACCGGAUGGCACGGUCAGUCACUUAAAAGCCAAUUGUUCGUUAUCACAGCAGACAAGCCCUCGCCUUCACAAGCUAAAAUGAAGCAAAUCUUGCUUAUCUUAUUGUGCUCAACUUACGUAUGCGGAGUUCAUUCAACUCAACAAGCGAAUCGGAUCCUGGACGUACUUCAAUCGUAUUUGUUGAUCGUUGCCCUCGUGAUCAUCGUGAUUCUCAUUGCGAUCGUCAUUGCAAUCAUCAUUGGCGUCAUCAUUGUUGCUUUGACCGGGAAUCUCAAAUUAUUCAAUUUCUGCCGUUCAAUUCAACGUCAACGCAGUCGUAUUUCACAGCUCGAGUCGACAUCCCAACAACACGAGGUUCCAUUCCGCAGCACCGGUCUCAAGAAUUACACUCCUCUC